AUGGAAGCGUACGGGCGGCGCGUACACAUCAAUCGACGAGCCUUUCUAAAUGGUGUUUCGGGGGGGGGCGUCCCCCCUCCCCUCCGCUGCCUCGGCACCUUCGCCCCUCGCCCCUCCUCCUCCCGGCGGCCGCGGCGCCCCGGCGUCGGCGUCGCUGGCAAGUGGGCUAAGGUCGCGGCGAAGACCCUACCACACUUAAACUACCUUCAGACUACCGUGGCGAUAUCGAUGUGGUACUAUGCACGGAAUCGCAGUACGUGUGACAUAAUAUCGGGGCCGGUGGCACGGUCGGCUGGAAAUAGGUCAGUCGCCCACGCCACCGCCGCAGAGCCCGGCUUGUUUGGGUCCCGCGUAUCGAUCGAGCACGGGCACACAGAGUGCGCACGCAGCGCUCGCGGCCCGUCGGAGUUCGUUGCGCGCGCACCACCACCCUCCCCCACCCCUUCCCGCGCCCUAUGUCUUCACCCCUUUUUAGUACAACCCCUCCACGGUUCCUCGCCCCCACCCGCGCCCCCUCGCCGCCACCACCGACACGACGACGUCACUAUCGAUCGCACACGUGGCGCCGUAAAUGACGUAGCGGCUGUCGCGUCGAUAGUAAACCCCAUCGCGCCCCCCUCGCAAUACCGCCACCCCAGCUGG